GCGCCAGUCUGCGAGUUGUGCCAGCGAGAAUCGGUCCGCUUCACCGAACACCACCUGGUACCACGCUCCAGGGGCGGGAAGUAUGGGCCGAAGGCGCGCCUCUGCCCCACCUGCCACCGGCAACUGCAUGCCAUGUUCUCCGAGAAAACCCUGGCCCAGGAACUUUACUCUGUGGAACGGUUGCGCGUGGACCCGGAAUUCGCGGGAUACCUGAAGUGGGCCAGCAAGCAGAAGGAUGGCGCGUCAUUCCGCGUCCGCCGCGCCAACACCCGUCGAUAA